AUGUACCGACGACCGUUGUAUGAAAUGAGAACUGUGCUUACAAGAUACCGUCCUUGGUGCCUGAAGCGUUGGAAAUCAUCCUCUCCCAAUGGCGCAGUCAUAUCGGUAACAGAGAUAGACUUCUCGCCGAUAAGACGAGAAAGAGAGCGAAAAUUAGAGUUGCAGAGGAAGCUUAAAGACGAAAAAUUGGAGAUUGUGGUAAAACUUGAAAAGGACUGCACGGCUAAGUAUUUACGUGCAAAAAGGGUUUGUGACGUCUGGGGAGCGCUGGAGUUUAUCCGGGCACAGAUUAUCGCAAAAUGCUCGACGAUCUCGUUCCGCGAACCUGCAGGCGUGGCUUUGAAGAAAUUGACAGAAGAUCAGGCGUUUGCACCGUUUGCAACAUUAUUAAAGAAGGUUUGUCAAGUUAAUAGUCUCCGUUACAGUGACGUCCAAAGAUGUCUUGGCGGACUCUAUUAUCAAGCAUCAAAAGCUGUGCAUGGGCAUAAAAAUGAUAUUGUCAUUGAUGCUAGAGAUUGGGCAGCAAAUGAAAUAGCAGCAAUAGGUACACUUUUUCAUUAUUUCAACGUGCCUUUUGAGUAUUAUGAUGAGUCUGGCGAUCCAGCAGCAUAUCCCUACAAAUUCUACUGCUGUAUGUGA